AUGGAUCGGAACCAGCAUCCAGCAGCAGAGACGGGAACCUUGAGGCCGAACGCGAGCGCUGGCAGGACGCGGCUCCGCGAGGCGCUCUCUGGGGAAGCCUGGCCGCAGAUCAGACGCUCCUCGGCGGCACGGAAAAGGAGAGCGGGUCGUUCUCCUAGGGAGACCCCCUGUUUUGGGCCCGUUCAGAGGCUGCAGGGGGAGGCCGAGAGGGUUCUGCACGUCCUGGCGGGUUUGCGGCCGCACGGGCUGCGUCAGUCCUAUUACCCCCGCGACGUGGAGACGCUGCGCCUGGACGUGCACUUCGAGACGGACACGCGGCUGCACAUCAAGAUUACCGAUGCUGCCAACCCUCGGUACGAGGUGCCCUUCGAGGUUCCCCCAACCACGAAGAGAGCCGAAAAUCCCAUCUACAGCGUGGAGUUCUCCCGGGAGCCCUUCGGGGUGGUGCUGCGGCGACGGGUGACGGGCACUGUGCUGCUCAACACCACGGUGGCUCCCUUGAUCUUUGCCGACCAGUUUCUGCAGAUUUCUACGGCACUGCCGUCGCCGUUCCUCUAUGGUCUGGGGGAGCAUCGCACCAACCUGCUGCACAGCCUCGACUGGAUCACCCUGACGCUGUGGGCCCGGGACGUCCCUCCCACGGAAUCGCUCAACCUCUACGGGGCUCACCCCUUCUACCUGGUGAUGGAGCAGGGUGGAGAUGCUCACGGGGUUUUCCUCCUCAACAGCAAUGCAAUGGAGGUGGCUCUGCAGCCGGCCCCAGCUCUGACCUGGAGGACCAUUGGGGGCAUUUUGGAUUUUUACAUCUUCCUGGGGCCUGAUCCCAACAUGGUCAUCCAGCAGUACCAGCAGGUGAUAGGUUUCCCGGCCAUGCCGCCCCUCUGGGCACUGGGUUUCCACCUCUGUCGCUGGGGAUACGGAUCGAGCAACGAAACCUGGCAGACUGUGAAAGCCAUGAGGAAUUACCAGAUCCCACAGGAUGCUCAGUGGAACGACAUUGAUUAUAUGGACGGAUACCGGGACUUCACCUUCGAUCCCGAGAAGUUUGCCUCCCUCCCGUCGCUGGUGGAAGACCUCCACAAACACGGCCAGCGCUACGUUAUGAUUUUGGAUCCUGGCAUUAGCAGCACCAACCCCCAGGGCUCCUACUGGCCUUUUGAUGAAGGCUUGAGACAGGGGUUGUUCAUAAACACCACCCAAGGGCAGCCACUGAUAGGACAGGUGUGGCCUGGCUUCACCGCGUUCCCAGACUUCUCCAACCAGGACACCCAUCAGUGGUGGCUGGAGAACCUGCGGCUUUUCCAUGCCCAGGUGCCCUUCGACGGGCUUUGGAUCGACAUGAAUGAGCCAUCCAACUUCAUGGAUGGCUCUGAAGAAGGCUGUCCUCCGGGAGACCUCGAUAGCCCCCCAUACACACCAGCUGUGCUGGGGGAUUCACUCUAUGCGAAGACGGUUUGUGCCUCCGCAAAGCAGAGCACCUCCGUGCACUACAACCUCCACAACCUCUACGGGCUGAUGGAAGCCAAGGCAACGGCGAGCGCCUUGAUCCAGAUCCGAGGAAAGCGCCCGCUCAUCAUCUCCCGCUCCACCUUCCCCAGCCAGGGCCGCUACUCGGGACACUGGCUGGGGGACAACCGGAGCCAGUGGAAGGACAUGUAUUACUCCAUCCCAGGGCUAUUGAGCUUCAGCCUCUUUGGGAUCCCGCUGGUUGGGGCGGACAUCUGCGGCUUCUCGGGCAGCACCUCGGAGGAGCUGUGCACUCGCUGGAUGCAGCUCGGCGCCUUCUACCCCUUCGCCCGGAACCACAACACCCAGAACGAGAAGGCCCAAGCCCCGACGGUGUUCAGCCCCGCGGCACGGACAGCCAUGAAGGAUGUGCUGCUGACACGCUACUCCCUGCUGCCCUUCCUCUACACGCUUUUCCACCGUGCCCAUCUGCAAGGAGACACUGUCACCCGGCCCCUGUUCUUUGAGUUCCCCCAGGAUGUGGCCACGUAUGGGAUGGACAGGCAGUUCCUGUGGGGACGGAGCCUGCUGGUGACGCCGGUGCUGGAGCCCGGAGCAGACUCAGUCACGGGCUAUUUCCCCCGAGGCGUGUGGUACGACUUCUACAGGGGCUUAUCUGUGAACAGCAGCGGGGAGACGCUGAAGAUGUCGGCCCCCCUGGACCACCUCAACCUGCACGUGCGCGAGGGGUCCAUCCUCCCCACCCAGAAACCCGGGAUCACCAGUGAGGCGACCCGAGGGAACCCUCUCCGCCUGAUUGUGGCCUUGUCCCAGAGUGGCACCGCCUGGGGUGACCUUUUCUGGGAUGAUGGAGAGAGUCUGGACACCUUCGAGCGCGGCAGCUAUUCCUACCUGGUGUUCAACGUCACGCAGAACGUCUUCAGCUCCACCGUCCUCCAUGCCAGUGCGGAGGCCACGUAUGUCAUCAUCGACACGCUGAGCAUCUUUGGCGUUCGGGAGCAUCCCAGCAAAGUCCUCCUGAACGGGCAGGAGAAGCCCUUCUCCUACCUGGACAACCAGGUCCUGACCGUGAGCGGCCUCGGCCUUGGCCUCAGCCAGGGCUUCUCGCUGCAGUGCCUGGGAACACCAUGGGGAGCAGGAGGAGCUGCCCGCAAGCGGGAGGCGGCGGCCGCGGGGCUGCCCGGCCUCGCCAAGCGGCCCAAGCUGCCCUCCACGCCGCCGCUCAGCGCCCUGGGCCGCCUGGCCGAGGCGGCCGUGGCCGAGAAACGCGCCAUCUCGCCCUCCAUCAAGGAGCCCUCCGUCAUCCCCAUCGAAGUCGUCCCCACGGUGCUACUGGAUGAAAUUGAGGCAGCAGAGGCAGAAGGCAACGACGACCGGAUUGAGGGGGUGCUGUGUGGAGCAGUGAAGCAGCUCAAAAUGAACAGAGCCAAACCUGAUACGACACUCUACCUGAGCCUCAUGUACCUGGCAAAAAUCAAACCCAACAUAUUUGCCACUGAAGGAGUUAUUGAGGCCCUGUGCAGCCUCCUCCGAAGAGAUGCAUCCAUCAAUUUCAAAGCCAAAGGGAAUAGCCUGGUGUCUGUCUUGGCAUGCAACCUUCUCAUGGCUGCUUACGAGGAGGACGAGAACUGGCCAGAGAUCUUUGUCAAGGUUUAUAUUGAAGAUUCCCUCGGGGAGCGCAUCUGGGUGGAUAGCCCUCACUGCAAGACGUUUGUGGAUAACAUUCAGACGGCCUUUAAUACGAAGAUGCCCCCUAAGAGCAUGUUGUUGCAUGGGGAAGUUGGACGUAGUGGAGGGGACCUUAGUGCUGGGAGCAGCCCUCAUCCCUCCAUGACGGAGGAGGAGGACAGCCAGAGUGAACUGCUGAUUGCAGAGGAAAAAAUGAGCCCAGAGCAGGAGGGCCAGCUCAUGCCCAGGUAUGAGGACCUUGCAGAGAGUGUGGAGGAGUAUGUCCUAGACAUGCUGCGGGACCAGCUCAACCGGCGCCAGCCGAUGGAUAAUGUCUCCAGGAAUCUCCUUCGUCUGCUGACAGCGACCUGUGGCUACAAAGAGGUUCGACAAAUGGCUGUGCAACGGCUGGAGAUGUGGCUGCAGAAUCCAAAGUUGACCAAGCCAGCUCAGGACCUACUGAUGUCAGUGUGUAUGAACUGCAACACUCACAGCUCGGAGGACAUGGAAGUUAUCUCCAACCUCAUCAAAAUUCGUCUCAAACCUAAAGUCCUUCUCAACCACUAUAUGCUGUGUGUGAGAGAGCUACUGAAUGCACACAGGGAUAACCUGGGCACUACAAUUAAGUUUGUGAUCUUUAACGAACUAUCAAAUGCAAGAAAUCCCAACAACAUGCAGAUCCUAUACACUGUGCUGCAGCAUAGCUCAGAGCAAGCUCCAAAGUACCUGGCCAUGGUGUUCCAGGAUCUUUUAACUACUAAAGACGAUUACCUGCGGGCCUCGCGGGCGCUGCUGCGGGAGAUCAUCAAGCAGACGAAGCACGAGAUCAACUUCCAGGCCUUCUGCCUGGGUCUUAUGCAGGAACGGAAGGAGGCCCAGUAUUCAGAAAUGGAGUUCAAGGAGCGGUUUGUCAUCCACAUUACUGAUCUACUUGCUGUCUCCAUGAUGCUUGGUAUCACAGCCCAAGUGAAGGAAGCUGGAAUUGCUUGGGACAAAGGAGAGAAAAAGAACCUGGAAGUACUGCGCUCUUUCCAGAAUCAAAUUGCUGCAAUCCAACGAGAUGCCGUUUGGUGGCUUCAUACGGUUGUUCCAUCUAUCAGCAAGCUUGCUCCAAAGGACUAUGUGCACUGCCUCCACAAGGUGCUCUUUACUGAACAGCCAGAGACCUACUACAAAUGGGACAACUGGCCCCCUGAGAGUGAUCGCAACUUCUUCCUUCGCCUCUGCUCCGAGGUGCCCAUUCUUGAAGACACACUGAUGCGGAUCCUUGUCAUCGGUUUGUCACGGGACCUUCCCCUUGGCCCUGCGGAUGCCAUGGAGCUCGCUGACCACUUGGUGAAGCGGGCUGCAGCUGUGCAAGCAGAUGAUGUCGAAGUCCUGAGGGUAGAGAGAAUCCAGCUGAUCGAUGCUGUCUUAAAUCUGUGCACUUAUCACCAUCCAGAGAAUAUCCAGCUACCCCCAGGGUACCAGCCUCCAAAUUUAGCCAUUUCUACCCUCUACUGGAAAGCCUGGCCCCUCCUCCUCGUAGUGGCUGCAUUUAAUCCUGAAAACAUUGGGCUGGCUGCGUGGGAAGACUACCCCUCUCUAAAGAUGCUCAUGGAAAUGGUCAUGACCAAUAAUUAUUCCUAUCCUCCAUGUACCUUGACGGAUGAGGAGAAGUGCACAGAGAUGAUUAACCGUGAGCUUCAAAUCUCCCAGAGGGAAAAGCAGGAGAUUCUUGCAUUUGAAGGUCAUCUGGCUGCUGCAUCCACAAAACAAACAAUUACAGAGAGCAGCAGCCUUCUGCUGUCCCAGCUGACAAGUCUGGAUCCUCAGGGCCCCCCACGCAGACCUCCCCCUCAUGUCCUUGAGCAGGUGAAAAGCCUGAACCAGUCCUUGCGCUUGGGCCACCUCCUGUGUCGCAGUCGUCAUCCUGAUUUUCUUCUCAACAUCAUUCAAAGACAGGCUUCCUCACAGUCAAUGCCAUGGCUGGCAGACCUGGUUCAGUCCAGUGAGGGCUCACUGGAUGUCCUGCCUGUGCAGUGUCUCUGUGAGUUCCUGCUUCAUGAUGCUGCUGAUGAGCCAACCUCAGGAGAAGAGGAGGAUGAGGGUGAAAGUAAAGAGCAACGUGCCAAGAAACGUCAGAGACAGCAGAAGCAAAGGCAGUUGCUUGGACGUUUGCAAGAUUUGCUCUUGGGUCCCAAAGCAGAUGAGCAGACAACCUGUGAGGUGCUUGAUUAUUUCCUACGCCGCCUGAGUUCCUCCCAGGUGGCUUCACGGGUCCUGGCCAUGAAGGGCCUGUCCUUGGUACUGUCAGAAGGGGGAUUGCGUGAUGGAGAGGAGAAAGAUCAUCCCAUGGAAGAAGAUUCUGGUGAUUCAGAACUGCUCCAGGGAUAUCAGUGGCUGCUAAGAGACCUCCCAAGGCUGCCACUAUUUGACAGCGUUAGAGCAACAACAGCUCUUGCCUUGCAACAGGCCAUCCACAUGGAGACAGAUCCCCAGACCAUCAGUGCUUACCUGGUGUACCUCUCUCAGCACGCCCCUGUGGAGGAGCAGGGACAGCACAAUGACCUGGCUCUGUAUGUGGCCCGGCUCAUAGUGGAGCGCUCCACCAUCAUGUCUCACCUCUUCUCCAAGCUUUCGUACUGUGCCGAGUCAGAUGCAGUGCUUGUUGCUCUGCUCUCCAUCUUUUCUCGCUACAUCAAGCGUAUGCGGCAGAGUAAGGAGGGUGAAGAGGUGUACAGCUGGUCGGAGUCCCAGGAUCAGGUGUUCCUUCGUUGGACUAGUGGGGAAACGGCCACCAUGCACAUCCUUGUGGUUCAUGCCAUGGUUAUUCUUCUGACGCUAGGGCCACCUCAAGCAGGGGAUGGUGAUUUUUACACCUUAUUGGAUAUAUGGUUCCCGGAGAAAAAGCCUCUGCCUACUGCUUUUCUGGUCGACACCUCAGAGGAGGCUCUGCUGCUCCCCGACUGGCUAAAGCUGCGUAUGAUCCGCUCCGAAGUGCCACGUCUUGUGGAUGCAGCCUUGCAGGACCUGGAGCCGCAGCAGCUGCUUCUCUUUGUUCAGUCCUUUGGAAUCCCUGUCUCCAGCAUGAGCAAACUCCUGCAGUACCUGGAUCAGGCAGUGUCCCAUGACCCGCAGACACUGGAGCAGAACAUCAUGGACAAGAACUACAUGGCUCAUCUUGUGGAGGUUCAGCAUGAGAGAGGAGCAACAGGAGGCCAGACUUUCCACUCCCUGCUCACUGCCUCUCUACCAGCCCGACGAGACAGUGCUGAGAUGGCAAGAUCAAAAUCUAGUCCUGAGAACUCUCAAAACCAGAGCCGAAUACGAGCCUUAAGUCAGGUUCGGGUUCUGGGCCCGGAAGAUGACCUGGCAAGCAUCUUUCUGCAG